CCAGCCGGGAUUUCGCCUGGCACACGCUGCUCGUGGCAGGCCGUUUAGAGUAUGUACUGGAUAUACUGGAUACUGCAUGUGAUACUAUCCAUGGAUGGUCACUUACACUAUAAAGGAGGGUCACUGAGUGGCCUUUUCCAUCAUGACUUGACCCACUGACCCACUUUAAUGGAAACUAUCCAGGCGAGGUCAGGUCAACAAGCAACUCCGUUACUCAGGUAUUCUAGUGUGUGUAAACCCGACUCUGUCCUUCCUUUGCCGCUGGAGAGUGACGACCGAGUUACAACAUGGCUAGCAGGGCGGAGGAGGCAAUGACAUGUGGCUUUGAUAUGCCGCUAUUUAUGCACGAGGGACGAAUCACUCCGAAACUAAGCCUGCCUCAUGUCAUCACCAUGAAGUCUCGUCGUGUACGUGAGGACGACAUAUAUGUUACGUCCUAUCCCAAAACAGGUACACACUGGGUGUGGGAGAUAGCUAACAUGAUUAUGGCUGGCAAAGCAGAGUAUGCCAAACACUGGCAGAACCAUGCAUUCCUUGAGUUCAGAAGUGAGGCGGAACUGGAUGAGAUCCCGUCCCCUAGGAUCUUCUUCACUCAUCUCCUACCUAGACAGUUGCCAGAGGAGGUGUGGACACGGGGGUGCCAUGUCAUCCACGUAGACAGGAACCCAAAAGACGCCAUUGUGUCUUUCUAUGUGCAACAGAUUAACCAAAACUGGUGGCAUAAGGAAAAGCCUAAGGCGUUCACAGGCACGUGGGAUCAGUAUGUCCAUGCUAACAUCAAGGGAACUGUCACGUUCGACUCCAUUCUGGGUCAUGUCUUGGCAUGGAGCAAGGUCCCUGAACUACAUCCGACUGUGCCAUACUGUCAAGUUGAUUUCGAGGAUUUAAAGAAGGACGAUGUGGCUCAAGUAAGGAGGCUGGCGGAGUUUCUAGGACGACCCCUAGAGGACAAGGUGUAUGUGGACAUAGCCAAGGCAUGCAGGUUUGACAAACUGAAACAUGCAUCUGAAUAUAUAAAGGAUCAAACGUUCCACAACAAGUGGAACAAGGGCUCGACUGGCUACUUCAGGAAAGGGGAGUCUGGUGACUGGAAGAACUGGUUCACGGUGGCGCAGAGUGAAGCUUUUGACAGAGCAUAUGAAGAAACGUUUCAACAGAAGUUUCCAUACUAAAAUGCCUAUAGAGUGAUGCAAUAUUUUCGAAAAGUAGCCCUUGUUUGUGUAUUUAAGAAAAAUCCGUUUAUGUGGGUGCUAUCCCCAAUCCAGGACGAAGACGAUGGUGAUGAUGAUGAUGACACAUGAUGAAGGCAAUGAAGGAUCAUUAAGGCGAAUCUGUGGUUUACAUAAAGGAUCAGUGAACAUCGAAAGGCACCGGCAGCACCUUAUUAAAAAAUUAAAAGUUGUUCAAUAAAGUUUCGCCUUCCCCUGAA